AUGUUCGAAACGGGACGUAGGAGUGCGAUUAGUACGUCUCAGCUUGGACUCUAUUCGGAUCACGUUGAUCGUUACAACAGGAAUCGAUACGGGUCCAUCGCGAGGAAAUUUGCUAUCGGAAUUAUGGUUGUGAUGGCAGUGAUACUAAUUGGAAUAUUUCUGUACGACUUCACAUCUGCGACGUCGGCUAAUAAAAUGAGCCAGGAAACCAAGCACAUGUACAUCCUACAGAACGCGAUGAAGAAGCCUACGAACUUCACCAGAAGACUGUCCAAUUCUACCAUAAUGUCACCAACAGUGAACAGAAGCAGCUCGAUUCAGGAUCGCUCAGAUGAUGGAAAUUCAUUCGAUGAUGAUAGAGUCGAUGCUGAGUUCAGGUCGCAGAACUUGGAGAACUUCAAACUGAGGAAAAGAGUCUUGAAGUCAGUGGAGAACAACGAAGAUCCUCCGGAAGGGAAACAGUUGUUCGACAAUCAUGCUGUGGUCUAUCGCGUCAGGCAGAGGUACAAGUACCCAGAAUCGAAUGAAGAAGAGGGCUCAGAAGAGAGUCGCCCAGUCCCUUUCCAUUGGGAGCUGAAGACUCCUCAGCCGACUGCCUUCAAGCGUCCCAGGUAUCCUCAGCUGACCCAAUACAGAUACCCCCACGCCUCCAGGAACAUUCAAGACAUCAUAAAGUACCUGACGAACGACGCAGACCUGCCGAACAGGGGCAUAAAGUUCAGCGGCGUUUACGUGAACCCUAAGAAGUUCGACAUGUACCCUGAAGCAGCUGAGAUAAUGGCGAACAACGACAGGUCAGAGGAAGAAGAGGGUUCCUACGUGUCUAACGAAGAUCCGUUUUACCAAUUCAAGCCUAAACACCCAGCAGAUGUCAAUCUCCUAGCCAUGUCCAAUUUCAGAUUUUCGCCAACAGGACUGACUCGGUACAAUUACGAUUCCUGGCGACCGAAUUACUACAAACCCUCAUCAAUGGAUCCUCAGUAUGAGAACAUUCAGAACAACUAUCCAAAAAAGCGUAAACCUCAGCCGUUUAGCGUCAUGCUGGACAUUUAUCCCAUCACAGACAUCGAGCAGAACAAGAAAACGACCAGACCGAAACCAGUUCCUAUAGAAGAUUACGAAAUGAGGAGACCGAUUCAGUUCAAUAGAGGCAACAAGGUUUACGCCAUGCCUCAACAACCGUUGGCAGGGAUGUCGAAUCAGCCAAUGAGCGAAGAGGAGGAAAGACAGCAGAUGAUAUUCCAUUUGAAUCUGUACCCAAGAAAGAAGAAUAAAUUGAGCAGGAAAGAUAUUAUACACAGAUCGCAGUCUCUGGGUCCUGAAGAGCGUCAGCAGUUCGUAGAGAAAGUCUGGUCACCCCUGGAAACGAUAGCUAAGCACUUAGCAGUGGAAAGGUCGAAGUUCAUGGAGAACGAAGAAGAAAAUCUCGCUGCUACGAGGUACGAAGAAAGUACCCUGGGUAGCAGCGAUGAGGGGAAGACAUCAGGACAAGCAGAGUCCAUAAAAGCUAAUCAGGAACCCAUUAAUGUCCCACUUAAUCAUAAAUCUAGUAUAGAGGAUGAUUAUGCUAGUACAGAGAACUACGAAUAUCAGGCCCAGAAAUUUAUACAGACUACUACUGAUGACAAAUGUGAUGAUACUACUACUACUACUACUACUUUGAAUGAGGCGACUGUUGUUAAAAAUGAAAAUGCUGACUCGAAGGACAUUGACACUGUCGAAGGGUUCAAGGAAUUUAGUGACAGUGUCUCUAAAAAUUGAAAUGUAGUAAAAU